AUGUCCCUCCGCCCACUCGCCGUGCGCCUCACGCGCCCGACGACCCAGAUUGCAAGAAUAGCAACAACAGCACGCUCCACAGCCCCCGCCACCGCAACAGCACCAGCAGCACGACCUAGACCCGCGUCAGCGGCAGCGGCAGCAGCACCGAGGAAAACCUUCGCCCCCAAAAAAGCAGCCGUACCGCCGAAACCCGCCCCCAAAGCCGCCUCUCCUUCUUCUUUCGAGGAGAUCGCCUCCUCUCCCGACGAGCCGCCCUCCACGACCCCCGAAGCCGACGCCGCCAUCGGCCCCAGCCUCUCCUCCUCCACACCCCUGCCCACGCUCGCCGCGCAAACGAGUCCGCCGGCGCAGCAGAAGCAACACCAGCCGCAAAACGGCAACGGCAACGGAAACGGCGACGGCGCGGUGGACUGGUCCAACUCCUACUACGGCCUCGGCACGGGCCGGUUCUCGAAGGAGGUCACCGACAUCCUCCUCCAGCCCGUCAACCCGGACGACGUCGAGGUCAAGCCCGACGGCAUCAUCUACCUGCCCGAGAUCAAGUACCGGCGGAUCCUGAACACGGCCUUCGGCCCCGGCGGCUGGGGCCUGGUGCCCAAGGGCGAGGUGGUCGUGGGGGACAGGAUCGUGACGAGGGAGUACGCGCUCAUUGCCGAAGGACGAUUCGUCUCCCAAGCCCAGGGCGAAAACUCCUACUUCGGCCUCGAGGGCCUCCCCUCCGCCGUCGAGGGCUGCAAGUCCAACGCCCUGAUGCGCUGCUGCAAGGACCUCGGCAUCGCCUCCGACCUCUGGGACCCCGUCUUCAUCCGCAAGUUCAAGGCCGAGUACGCCAUCGACGUGUGGUGCACACACGUCACCACCAAGCAAAAGAAGCUUAUCUGGACGCGCAAGGACGUGCCAGUCCCGUACCCCUACAAGAAGUCAUGA